CCGUCAGCUGCCGUGUCCAUCUUUGGCCGGCUCUCCGGUUACCAACCACCUCCUCCAGCUGCCUCCAAAGAUAGGCAAAGCCACCACCCGGCCCCUGUGCUGGAAACUGCGGGGAAACAGAGGGGAAACCGUGGACGGGGAUGAGAUUGAUGGGAUUUUUGUUGGAGUGAAAGGCGCUGCGUGCCUGCCUGAGCCAUGGCGCUGCUGUGCUACAACAAGGGCUGCGGGCAGAGGUUUGAUCCUGAGCACAACUCCGAGGAUUCCUGCCUGUAUCACCCGGGCGUCCCCAUCUUCCACGAUGCCCUGAAGGGCUGGUCUUGCUGCAAGAAGCGCACAACAGACUUCUCUGAGUUCCUCUCCAUUCCGGGAUGCACAAAGGGGUUCCACAGCAAGGAGAAGCCUCCUGAGCCUUCCCAGGAAGAGACCUCAGACAAGCCAAAGGCCAACCCAAUGGCAGAGAUCAUCGUCCAAGGACCAAAAUCAGCCGAGAAGAUGCAGCGGGAAAGACCAAGCUCUGAUGAGCCACGACAACUGCUGCCAAUCAAAGUAUCCAGAUCUCUCGAGCAAGCACUGGAGAAACUGAGCCUGUCUCCCAACAACAAGGAGCCCAAGGGCGACUGUGCAGGGGAGGCGGCUGCCCAGGUGAGAGCUGGCACCACCUGCAAGAACGCAGCCUGCAAGGCGAUCUACCAGGGCCCAGAGAGCAACACAGAGGUUUGUACUUUCCACCCUGGUGUUCCCGUCUUCCACGAGGGGAUGAAGUACUGGAGCUGCUGCAGGAUCAGAACGACGGACUUCAGUGCCUUCCUGGAGCAGCCGGGCUGCAGCACGGGGCGGCACUGCUGGAUGGGAAAGGCGGAUAAGAAGGCAGUAUCAUGCAGGCAGGACUGGCACCAAACCAGCAGCCAAGUGGUGGUGACAAUCUACGGCAAGAACCCUCUGCCCACCCUCAGCAGCGUGAAGGCCAACCGCACUGUGCUUGAAGCUCACGUCAUCUUCGAAGGGAAUAAGAUUUUCCAGGCAGAACUUGAUCUCUGGGGGGUCGUCGAAACAGAGAAGAGCUUUGUGAGCAUGGUCCCCUCCAAGGUGGAGAUCACGCUGCGUAAGGCCAGCCCCGGGGCCUGGGCCAGGCUGGAGCAUCCCCAGAGCAAGGCCUGCGCUCAGGACGAGCCGGAGAAGGCGGCAGCGAGCACGGAGGAGCCCGAGGAGGACUCGGAUGACAGCCUGAGCUGGUCAGAGGAGGAGGACGAAGAGACGGAAGCAGCCAACAGCGCGGCGCUGCAGAGGCGCUUUGGCGAGAGCUCUGCAGGAGCAGACGGAGCCCUGAGCAGCCCGUAGCGGUCACAAGGGACGAGAAAUAAAAGCACAAAGCGGAGCCGCGCCGCGACACCACUGA